AUGAAGCUCGAAUUGAUGGAUCGGGAGAAAGGUCUGGAGCUCUUUGGGAAAUUUAUACGAACGAAAAAUGUGGAGAGUCUUCAGGGUGAUCAGGAAAAAACUGGACCUGAGCCACUGCAUUCGACCGAUUCCAAGCAGAAAUUACAGAAGUGCCUGACGACUCUGGACUUGACAUCCUUGGGGGUUGGCUCCUGCGUUGGGACAGGAAUGUACCUAGUCGCGGGGAUGGUGGCGCGCAGCGUCGCCGGCCCAGGUGUCGUCAUCUCGUUCAUAAUUGCGGCUAUUGCUUCCAUUUUUUCCGGAGCAUGUUACGCCGAGUUUGGAGUACGAGUGCCUCACACGACUGGCAGCGCUUACAUGUAUAGUUACGUGACUGUAGGCGAAUUAAUAGCAUUCAUUAUAGGAUGGAACAUGAUAUUGGAGUACCUUAUAGGUACGAGCGCGUGUGCCUGCGCCCUUAGCGCCUGCUUGGACGCCCUUACGGACGGUGCCGUUUCCGGGGCGAUAGCAAACAGCGUGGGAACCAUUUUUGGUCGACCGCCCGAUUUCCUCGCGUUCGUCAUUACUAUACUGAUGAUGCUGCUAAUGGCCGCGGGCGUGAAGAAAUCCCUGGUGUUCAAUAACGUGUUAAACGCUAUCAAUCUCGCCAUUUGGGUGUUCGUCAUGACGGCGGGAAUGUACUACGUGGAUAUUGAUAAUUGGAACGAGCAUGGGGGCUUCUUUCCUUACGACUGGAGUGGUGUGUUCACCGGUGCAGCGACGUGUUUUUACGCAUUCAUCGGCUUCGAUAUAAUAGCAACCACUGGCGAAGAGGCGACAAACCCAAAGAGGAGCAUCCCUCUCGCUAUAGUCUCUUCAUUGAUCAUAAUCCUCACCGCCUAUGUCACUAGCAGUAUGAUGCUGACAUUAAUUGUCCCAUAUGAUGAAGUGGAUCAAGAUUCAGCACUGGUGGAAAUGUUUGGUCAAGUUGGAGCUUACAAGUGCAAGUAUAUUGUGGCAGUUGGUGCAUUGGCUGGAUUGACAGUCUCUAUGUUUGGUAGCAUGUUUCCCAUGCCUAGGAUAGUCUAUGCCAUGGCUCAAGAUGGUCUUAUAUUCAAGAGUCUGAGCCAAGUAUGGCCCAUAACAGGUACACCAGCCAUAGCAACAUUGACUUCUGGUGUGUGUGCAGCCAUGGCUGCAUUGCUCAUUCAAUUAGAGGUGUUGGUAGAGAUGAUGUCUAUUGGUACCCUGCUGGCUUAUACUCUGGUGUCUACUUGUGUAUUGAUUCUGCGUUAUCAGCCCCAUUCUACCAAUCUAGUAGAAUUGUUACCGCAAAGUUUAAGAACACCAUGUCGAUCACCAACAAAGGAGAAUCAAGGAAAUGGCCAGGUAAAUUAUGGGAAGGAGCUGAGACCCGAUCAACUGACUACUGCUCUAAAUUCUGUCCAGGCUGCACAAUCUGAUCUUGCUGCAGCAAACAGUGGCCAACGUAUCAUGGUAAGACGAGUAAGAAGGUGCAACAGCUCUUCACCAGACUCUGAUGACACAUAUGGCGCGGAGGAGGAUGAAGUUGGUCUGGGUAAAGAUGAUCAAUAUUUGGUCAGUGACAGAACUGAGAAUAAAUUCUAUGGUAGUGUACAUGCAGCUGCAGCUGCAUCUAGUUGUGGCAGUACACAUCAAUAUCCAGGAACUACACCAAUAAUAGGGCCACCUUUGAAUUAUCUUCAACGUCGAUUACAGGCGGCACAGUAUCUUUGUCCCGCCAUCUUCCCUUGGGUGGACAGAGGCCCAGCAACGGAGGCAUCGGGUCGUUAUGUCAUGAAAUUAGUCGGAAUACUAUACUUGUUAAUCGUCAUCUUCGACUUAAUCGUAGUUUGCGGCAUGGGACAUAUGGGGACAUUUACUACAUUGUUAAUGUUCGCUUUUCUCUUUGCCAUAAUUGGGAUAUUGCUUGCCAUUAGUAGAAAGCCGCAAAAUAGGAACAGUGUGAUGUUCAUGACACCAGGUUUGCCAUUCGUACCUGCGAUUGCCGUCACCGUGAAUAUAUACCUCAUCUUCAAGCUGAGCAUCCUAACUCUCGUCAGAUUCACUAUCUGGAUGAUUCUCGGUUUCAUCAUGUACUUCUAUUACGGUAUCAAGCACAGCACUCUGGAAGAAGGAAACGCUUCAGAGAACUUGGAAGAGACUGUUUCAGCCGGGAAUAUCGAGCUGACAGUAACAGAUAUGCAAAAACAGCAACAACAGCAACAGCAGAUGCAUCCGUCUUACACGACAACCGAUCGUAGUAUCUACGAGAGCCAGCAGCUUGAUGCAUUUGGGCAGCCUGUUGGCAGCACGAACUUCGGUGGUACACCGAGCCAGAGGCCAGUCACUUCUGGCCAAUCGUCGCUGUUCAUUGAUCAGGAGAGUUUCCCCACUUGGGAUGAUUGAACGGCUACAGGCGUCGAUAUAAAUAUAUAUAUAUAUAUAUAUUGAUGAUAUCAAGAUAAAUUAUUGUACGAGCCUGACUGGCGUUAAGAGCGUUCACCAG